AUGAGACCUGAAAUCCUGGCCGAUAAGGCUGGGAUUGUAGGGAAAGAAAAAAAUGUCUCCAUUAAGGAGGAUAGUGAGAGGGGAUUGGUGGUUGCUACUCAAAAUAGAAAAGGCUUUGGUCUGAAUAAUCCUUAUUUAGGAGUAGUAAAUUUUCAUCAGAAAUAUUUUCGAUUUUAUCGGAGUGAAAAAAUAAAGAAGUUUUUGGAGCAAGAACGGGUUGAUUAUGAAGUUUACCAAGAACAAGAAAAGGGAGGAGUUUACUCCGAGUUUUCUCAAAAACCCCAAAAAAUCAGUGAAGCAGAACUAGGGAGAGCCUACCAGGAAGCAUGGAGCAAUCCCCAACGAUAUCAGGAGGCUCGAAAAUGA